GCUGCGUUCCGGGGAAGAUGGGAUCGCAGCGGGAGGCGCAGCGGGGCUGCGGCGGCGCCGGCCCAGCCGCGGGGAAACGCCAAGGGCCGCCCGGCUCCCCGCGCGGCGGCGUGAGAGCUGGCUAAUGUCACGUGAGAAGCGUGCACUCGGAGUGAGGGAGCACACCUGGAGCCAGAUAAGCUCCGUGUGACCUGGCAGGGAGUCACCCGGCGCUGCGGAGCUCAGCACAGCCGGCCGGGAGGAGGCUCCCCCUGGAGCACGGGGCCAGGCCAGGUGCUGGCGACCCCUCCGGCCAUUGCUACAACCCUUGGCGAGGGGCAGAGCCGGGAUGGGGGUCCCGGGGCUGGAGGAAACGGCCGCUCAGGGAGGUCAGAGGCCAAGGGAGAGAGGCCGGCUCUCUCGGGAAAGUAUUUCCUUUGUAUUUAUUUAUGAGUGUGGUCUGGGGGUGGGGGUGGGCGGACUGGCCUAAGUAUCUAUCCACCACAGCCAAGUCUGGGCACCCUUGUCUUCGUUGUCUUGGGACUCUAACGUUAUAGUUUCCAUUUCCUGGGUUGUUGUUUUUUUGCCAGCUGCUAGGUGACCCAUUUAAAUGUGUCCCCACUUCCAGCCACAAGACACCAGUGAGCUCUAUUUUAACCAAGUCCCCUAAGCCACUGAAACUUUUUCAAGACAUGAAGGCAAUCCUUAAACUGACCAUUACCCUGUUUGCAGCUUUACUGCUAGUGGAUUGCCUACUAGUUUGUCCAUUUUUUUUAGUCUGGAAAAAAGUUGAAUCAUUAGGUAGGAAGCUAAAGCGUUACUAAAGUGUUACCCUUCUUCUCCCCUACUCUCCAGAGAUGACCACUGAUAAAUUUUUGGAUCGAAUUUUUCCAGACUGCUGUUUUUUUGAGAAGGAGUCUCGCUCUGUCACCCGGGCUGGAGUGCAGUGGCGCAAUCUCGGCUCACUGCAACCUCUGCCUCCGCGGUUCAAGCAAUUCCCUGCCUCAGCCUCCCGAGUAGCUGGGAUUACAGGCGCCCACCACCACUCCCGGCUACUUUUUUGUAUUUUUAGUAGAGACAGGGUUUCACCAUCUUGGCCAGGCUGGUCUUGAACUCCUGACCUCGUCAUCCACCUGCCUCGGCCCCCAAAGUGCUGGGAUUACAGGUGUGAGCCACUGCGCCUGGCCAGACUGCUUUUUAAAAGCUUGUUAUAUAUAUUUUAGGCAUUAUAUAUGUUUAUAGUUUAAUAUAUGUUUUAUAAAAUAUCAUCUUAUAUAAAUAUUUAAAAAAUUUCUGUAGGAGGCCGGACACAGUGGCUCACACCUGUAAUCCCAGGACUUUGGGAGGCCGAGAUAGGCAGAUUGCUUGAGCCCAGGAAUUUGAGACCAGGCUGGGCAACAUGGCGAGACCCUGUCUCUACAAAAAAUACAAAAAUUAGCUGGGUGUGGUGGCGCGUGCCUAUAGUCCCAGCUACUCAGGAGGCUGAGGUGGGAAGGACCGCUUGAGCCCCAGGAGGUUGAGGCUGCAGUGAGCCCAGAUUGCACCACACUCUAGCCUGGAGGACACAGUGGGACCCUGUCUCAAAAAAAAAAAAAAAAAGAUGAAAUAAAAGUAGAAGAAAAAUGAUAGAUAAUCCCACUCCCUAAAGCUCCUAGGUGUAAGCAAAUACACAUUUACCAGAUGAAUGUUCUUGUAAAAAAUUAAAAUAUAGCCCGAGUGUGGUGGUCCAUGCCUAUAAUCCAGCACUUUGGAGGCCAACGUAGGUGGACCACUUGAAGCCAGGAGUUCAAGAUCAGCCUGACCAACAUGCAGCAAAGUGGGGCACCAAGGCCCCGUGCUAAGCACUCAUAAUCCUCUGGGGGUGCUACCCCUACAAACAGCACCCCCACCAUGUUUAACCUAAUGAAGAAAGACAAGGACAAAGAUGGCGGGCGGAAAGAGAAGAAAGAGAAAAAGGAGAAAAAGGAGCGGAUGUCAGCGGCAGAGCUUCGGAGCCUGGAGGAGAUGAGCCUGCGACGUGGCUUCUUCAACCUGAACCGCUCCUCCAAGCGUGAAUCCAAGACGCGCCUGGAAAUCUCCAACCCCAUCCCCAUCAAGGUGGCCAGCGGCUCUGACCUGCACCUGACUGACAUUGACUCCGACAGUAACCGGGGCAGCGUCAUCCUGGACUCGGGCCACCUAAGCACAGCCAGCUCCAGCGAUGACCUCAAGGGUGAGGAGGGGAGCUUCCGUGGCUCGGUGCUGCAGCGGGCAGCCAAGUUCGGCUCCCUGGCCAAGCAGAACUCACAGAUGAUUGUCAAGCGCUUUUCCUUCUCCCAGCGUAGCCGGGAUGAGAGCGCCUCAGAAACCUCGACGCCCUCAGAGCACUCUGCUGCCCCCUCACCACAGGUGGAGGUGAGGACUCUAGAGGGACAGCUGGUGCAGCAUCCUGGCCCAGGCAUCCCUCGACCAGGGCACCGAUCCCGAGCCCCUGACCUAGUGACUAAAAAGUUCCCAGUUGACCUGCGCCUGCCCCCCGUGGUGCCCCUGCCCCCACCUGCCCUCCGGGAGCUGGAGCUGCAACGACGGCCCACUGGAGACUUUGGCUUCUCCCUGCGGCGCACAACCAUGCUGGAUCGGGGCCCCGAGGGCCAGGCCUAUCGGCGUGUGGUCCACUUUGCUGAGCCUGGUGCAGGCACCAAGGACCUGGCCCUGGGGCUGGUGCCAGGAGAUCGACUGGUGGAGAUUAAUGGGCACAAUGUGGAGAGCAAGUCCAGGGAUGAGAUUGUGGAGAUGAUCCGGCAGUCAGGGGACAGCGUGCGGCUCAAGGUGCAGCCCAUUCCAGAGCUCAGCGAGCUCAGCAGGAGCUGGCUGCGGAGCGGCGAGGGACCUCGCAGGGAGCCAUCCGAUCUGGACUCUGAGGCCGCCUCUCGUGCCCACAGCCAGGCGAAAACAGAAGAACAGAUUGCAGCGGAGGAGGCCUGGAAUGAGACGGAGAAGGUGUGGCUGGUCCAUAGGGACGGCUUCUCACUGGCCAGUCAACUCAAAUCCGAGGAGCUCAACUUGCCUGAGGGGAAGGUGCGUGUGAAGCUGGACCACGAUGGGGCCAUCCUGGAUGUGGACGAGGAUGACGUGGAGAAGGCUAACGCUCCCUCCUGCGACCGUCUGGAGGAUCUGGCCUCACUGGUGUACCUCAAUGAGUCCAGCGUCCUGCACACCUUGCGCCAGCGCUAUGGCGCUAGCCUGCUGCACACGUAUGCUGGCCCCAGCCUGCUGGUUCUUGGCCCCCGUGGGGCCCCUGCUGUGUACUCUGAGAAGGUGAUGCACAUGUUCAAGGGGUGUCGGCGGGAGGACAUGGCACCCCACAUCUAUGCAGUGGCCCAGACCGCAUACAGGGCGAUGCUGAUGAGCCGUCAGGACCAGUCGAUCAUCCUCCUGGGCAGUAGUGGCAGUGGCAAGACCACCAGCUGCCAGCAUCUGGUGCAGUACCUGGCUACCAUUGCGGGCAUCAGCGGGAACAAGGUGUUUUCUGUGGAGAAGUGGCAGGCUCUGUACACCCUCCUGGAAGCCUUUGGGAACAGCCCCACCAUCAUGAAUGGCAAUGCCACCCGCUUCUCCCAGAUCCUCUCCCUGGACUUUGACCAAGCUGGCCAGGUGGCCUCAGCCUCCAUUCAGACAAUGCUUCUGGAGAAGCUGCGCGUGGCUCGGCGCCCAGCCAGUGAAGCCACAUUCAACGUCUUCUACUACCUGCUGGCCUGUGGGGAUGGCACCCUCAGGACAGAGCUCCACCUCAACCACUUGGCAGAGAACAAUGUGUUUGGGAUUGUGCCACUGGCCAAGCCUGAGGAAAAGCAGAAGGCAGCUCAGCAGUUUAGUAAGCUGCAGGCGGCCAUGAAGGUGCUGGGCAUCUCCCCUGAUGAACAGAAGGCCUGCUGGCUCAUUCUAGCUGCCAUCUACCACCUGGGGGCUGCAGGAGCCACCAAAGAAGCUGCUGAAGCUGGGCGCAAGCAGUUUGCCCGCCAUGAGUGGGCCCAGAAGGCUGCGUACCUACUGGGCUGCAGCCUGGAGGAGCUGUCCUCAGCCAUCUUCAAGCACCAGCACAAGGGUGGCACUCUGCAGCGCUCCACCUCCUUCCGCCAGGGCCCCGAGGAGAGUGGCCUGGGAGAUGGAACAGGCCCGAAACUGAGUGCGCUGGAGUGCCUCGAGGGCAUGGCAGCCGGCCUCUACAGCGAGCUCUUCACCCUUCUCGUCUCCCUGGUGAACAGGGCUCUCAAGUCCAGCCAGCACUCGCUCUGCUCCAUGAUGAUUGUCGACACCCCGGGCUUCCAGAACCCUGAGCAGGGUGGGUCAGCCCGCGGAGCCUCCUUUGAGGAGCUGUGCCACAAUUACACCCAGGACCGGCUGCAGAGGCUCUUCCACGAGCGCACCUUCGUGCAGGAGUUGGAAAGAUACAAGGAGGAGAACAUUGAGCUGGCGUUUGACGACUUGGAGCCCCCCACAGAUGACUCUGUGGCUGCUGUGGACCAGGCCUCCCAUCAGUCCCUGGUCCGCUCGCUGGCCCGCACAGACGAGGCGAGGGGCCUGCUCUGGCUAUUAGAGGAGGAGGCUCUGGUGCCAGGGGCCAGUGAGGACGCCCUCCUGGAGCGCCUUUUCUCCUAUUAUGGCCCCCAGGAAGGUGACAAAAAAGGCCAAAGCCCCCUUCUGCACAGCAGCAAACCACACCACUUUCUCCUGGGCCACAGCCAUGGCACCAACUGGGUAGAGUACAACGUGACUGGCUGGCUGAACUACACCAAGCAGAACCCAGCCACCCAGAAUGCCCCCCGGCUCCUGCAGGACUCCCAGAAAAAAAUCAUCAGCAACCUGUUUGUGGGCCGCGCAGGCAGUGCCACAGUGCUCUCUGGCUCCAUCGCGGGCCUGGAGGGCGGCUCACAGCUGGCACUGCGCCGGGUCACCAGCAUGCGGAAGAGCUUUGCCACAGGCAUGGCGGCUGUCAAAAAGAAGUCACUGUGCAUCCAGAUGAAGCUGCAGGUGGACGCCCUCAUCGACACCAUCAAGAAGUCAAAGCUGCAUUUUGUGCACUGCUUCCUGCCUGUGGCUGAGGGCUGGGCUGGGGAGCCCCGUUCCGCCUCCUCCCGCCGAGUCAGCAGCAGCAGUGAGCUGGACCUGCCCUCGGGAGACCACUGCGAGGCUGGGCUCCUGCAGCUCGACGUGCCCCUGCUCCGCACCCAGCUCCGCGGCUCCCGCCUGCUCGAUGCCAUGCGCAUGUACCGCCAAGGUUACCCUGACCACAUGGUGUUUUCCGAGUUCCGCCGCCGCUUUGACGUCCUGGCCCCGCACCUGACCAAGAAACACGGGCGUAACUACAUCGUGGUGGAUGAAAGGCGGGCAGUGGAGGAGCUGCUGGAGUGCUUGGAUCUGGAGAAGAGCAGCUGCUGCAUGGGCCUCAGCCGGGUGUUCUUCCGGGCGGGCACCUUGGCACGGCUGGAGGAGCAGCGGGAUGAACAAACCAGCAGGAACCUAACCCUGUUCCAAGCAGCCUGCAGGGGCUACCUGGCCCGCCAGUACUUCAAGAAGAGAAAGAUCCAGGACCUGGCCAUUCGCUGUGUACAGAAGAACAUCAAGAAGAAUAAAGGGGUGAAGGACUGGCCCUGGUGGAAACUCUUUACCACAGUGAGGCCCCUCAUUGAAGUACAGCUGUCAGAGGAGCAGAUCCGGAACAAAGACGAGGAGAUCCAGCAGCUGCGGAGCAAGCUUGAGAAGGUGGAGAAGGAGAGGAACGAGCUGCGGCUCAACAAUGACCGGCUGGAGAGCCGGAUCUCAGAGCUGACAUCGGAGCUGACAGAUGAGCGUAACACAGGAGAGUCCGCCUCCCAGCUGCUGGACGCGGAGACCGCAGAGAGGCUCCGGGCUGAGAAGGAGAUGAAGGAACUGCAGACCCAGUACGAUGCACUGAAGAAGCAGAUGGAGGUUAUGGAAAUGGAGGUGAUGGAGGCCCGUCUCAUCCGGGCAGCGGAGAUCAACGGGGAAGUGGAUGAUGAUGAUGCAGGUGGCGAGUGGCGGCUGAAGUAUGAGCGGGCUGUGCGGGAGGUGGACUUCACCAAGAAACGGCUCCAGCAGGAGUUUGAAGACAAGCUGGAGGUGGAGCAGCAGAACAAGAGGCAGCUGGAGCGGCGGCUUGGGGACCUGCAGGCAGAUAGUGAGGAGAGUCAGCGGGCUCUGCAGCAGCUCAAGAAGAAGUGCCAGCGGCUGACGGCUGAGCUGCAGGACACCAAGCUGCACCUGGAGGGCCAGCAGGUCCGCAACCACGAACUGGAGAAGAAGCAGAGGAGGUUCGACAGUGAGCUCUCGCAGGCGCACGAAGAGGCCCAGCGGGAGAAGCUGCAGCGGGAGAAGCUGCAGCGGGAGAAGGACAUGCUCCUCGCUGAGGCUUUCAGCCUGAAGCAGCAACUAGAGGAAAAAGACAUGGACAUUGCAGGGUUCACCCAGAAGGUCGUCUCUCUAGAGGCGGAGCUCCAGGACAUUUCUUCCCAAGAGUCCAAGGAUGAGGCUUCUCUGGCCAAGGUCAAGAAACAGCUCCGGGACCUGGAGGCCAAAGUCAAGGAUCAGGAAGAAGAGCUGGAUGAGCAGGCAGGGACUAUCCAGAUGCUGGAGCAGGCCAAGCUGCGUCUGGAGAUGGAGAUGGAGCGGAUGAGACAGACCCAUUCUAAGGAGAUGGAGAGUCGGGAUGAGGAGGUGGAGGAGGCCCGGCAGUCGUGUCAGAAGAAGUUAAAACAGAUGGAGGUGCAGCUGGAGGAAGAGUAUGAGGACAAGCAGAAGGUGCUGCGAGAAAAGCGGGAGCUGGAGGGCAAGCUUGCCACCCUCAGCGACCAGGUGAACCGGCGGGACUUUGAGUCAGAGAAGCGGCUGCGGAAGGACCUGAAGCGCACCAAGGCCCUGCUGGCAGAUGCCCAGCUCAUGCUGGACCACCUGAAGAACAGCGCUCCCAGCAAGCGAGAGAUCGCGCAGCUCAAAAACCAGCUGGAGGAGUCAGAGUUCACCUGUGCGGCAGCCGUGAAAGCACGGAAAGCAAUGGAGGUGGAGAUCGAAGACCUGCACCUGCAGAUUGAUGACAUCGCCAAAGCCAAGACAGCGCUGGAGGAGCAGCUGAGCCGCCUUCAGCGUGAGAAGAAUGAGAUCCAGAACCGGCUGGAGGAGGAUCAGGAAGACAUGAACGAAUUGAUGAAGAAGCACAAGGCUGCUGUGGCUCAGGCUUCCCGGGACCUGGCUCAGAUAAAUGAUCUCCAAGCUCAGCUAGAAGAAGCCAACAAAGAGAAGCAGGAGCUGCAGGAAAAGCUACAAGCCCUCCAGAGCCAGGUGGAGUUCCUGGAGCAGUCCAUGGUGGACAAGUCCCUGGUGAGCAGGCAGGAAGCUAAGAUACGGGAGCUGGAGACACGCCUGGAGUUUGAAAGGACGCAAGUGAAACGGCUGGAGAGCCUGGCUGGCCGUCUCAAGGAAAACAUGGAGAAGCUGACUGAGGAGCGGGAUCAGCGCAUCGCAGCCGAGAACCGGGAGAAGGAACACAACAAGCGGCUACAGAGGCAGCUCCGGGACACCAAGGAAGAGAUGGGCGAGCUCGCCAGGAAGGAGGCUGAGGCGAGCCGCAAGAAGCACGAACUGGAGAUGGAUCUAGAAAGCCUGGAGGCUGCUAACCAGAGCCUGCAGGCUGACCUAAAGCUGGCAUUCAAGCGCAUCGGGGACCUGCAGGCUGCCAUUGAGGAUGAGAUGGAGAGUGAUGAGAAUGAGGACCUCAUCAACAGUUUACAGGACAUGGUGACAAAGUAUCAGAAAAGAAAGAAUAAACAUGAGGGAGACUCGGAUGUGGACUCGGAGCUGGAGGACCGUGUCGACGGGGUCAAGUCCUGGUUGUCAAAAAACAAGGGACCUUCCAAGGCAGCUUCUGAUGAUGGCAGCUUAAAGAGUUCCAGCCUCUCUAAGGAGGCCCCGGGGGUGGAGGAGAGGCCGUCCUCCGUGGUGAGCUCCCUAAGCUAUCGGAAGCGGCUCACCCUGAAGGACUCCAUCGGGGGCACCGGGGACGCGGAUUCGCUCUUCACCUCCCUGAGCGAGCGGGCAGCCUCCCCCGAGAGGCCCCCUAGGAAGGCCCAUGUGGGCCCCAGGGAGGAGCCAGGCCCAGGCAGGAAGUCCGAGGAGCCGGAGGAGUGCGGCUCCAUCCUCUCGGGGACGGGGGGGCGCGCUGGCCGGGGGCCGCAGAAGCGGUGGGACUCCGACUUCAGCCGGGCCUCCACCGUCUCUGCACCGGUCAGCCGGGCCUCCUCGGCCACGCGGCGGGGCUCUGGCGAGGACAGGGCUGGCUCUUCCCUGAGUUUCUCGCUGUCGGGCUCGCCCGGUUCCCGCCGCAGCACCUCCCGGCUCGACAGCCUCUCCAGGACGCUCAGCCCUUCCCUGAGCCGGGCCUCUGGCCGAGGCCGGGAGAGCCCUGAUUCUCGCCUGUUCCUGGGCCGGAGCUGCAUAGAGGAGUGGGAUGAUGGAGCCAGUGUGGCCCUGAGCGAGGCCUGCUCGCAGUACAGCCACCCGUCGCUGGCCCGCAGUCUGUCGGUGCCACCCCGGCCACGCAGCUCUGCCUUGGCCGUGGAUGAGCCUCCCACCUCCAGCGUCCGCUCCGUCAGCCGUCACUCCUACCUGGACCCAGACCUGGAGGCUGCCAUCAACGAGGUCUUGAGCUACAAGCCUGUUCCAUUCCAGCGGAGCAGCCUGGAGCCCGACUCCGAGGAGGAUGACAGGAAGAGCAUCCAAAGUGCCCGCAGCGCCCAACUGGACCCCCCGGAGCGAGCUGCUAGCAUCCGCCGCUCCGCCUCUGCUGCUGAUGUGUCCCGGUCCCGCAGCGGCCGGAAGAGCCGGAGCCGGCGAAGGAGCAGAAGGAGCAGCUCCAGCUCCAGCUCCAGCUCUGAAGCUUCCUCGGAGCACAAGAGGCGGAAGAAGGGGCGCUCUCGGAAGAGCAAGAAGUCCAAGUCAAGAAGAAAGAGAACGGAGACGGAGUCUGAGUCCUCCUCGUCGUCAUCCAGCGGCUCGACCGUCUCCAGCCACAGCCGCUCCAGUGUGAAGAAGGGCCCAGCUGCAGAAAGUGAAGAAACUGGGCAGACGCACCGGCCGUCGAGGAAGGAGGAAAAGAAGCGCAAGAAAGAGGUGGACAGCCUGAUGAUGCGGUACCUGUACCGGCCGGAGAGCGACUAGCGCAGUAGGUGGCACCUGGCCUGGGUUCAGCAUGGCGUGUCGCACCCGGUGUGAACUAACGUGCUCCCUGUCCCUCAGGCCGCCACCUUAGGGCCCACCCGCACUCCUCUUGGGCAUGCCUGGGCUCGGAGAGCCUCCUGGCUGCCUUGAUGAGCAGGGGCCAGCCAAGCUGGUCAGUCAUCCUGAGCCCUGAGCCCUGUCAGCUGAACUCGCUGGUGAUGUCAUAGCUCCCACUUACAAGUCCUGACCCUGAACCAGGGACUGUCCUUCAUACCUUCCACACUUUGGUCACUUAUCCCUCACGGUAACUCCAUAACAAAAGUCUGAUUAGCUCUGUUUCAUAGAAGAUGAAGCUGAGGCUUGGAGAGGUUAAGUCACUUGCCAUGUGGUCACGCACAGCUGAGAAGGGUUGUUGCCAGGGUCUGAAUGGGGUCUGCCCAACUCCAGCACUCUUGCCCUUACCCACUCCUCCACGCAGCCAGUGCAGAGCACUUCAGCAACAUGUUUGCUGUGUGUGCCCAGCAGCACCCAUUCAGGAGCUUUCGUUCAUGGCCCCCAACAGGCUGGGGCCAGGAAAGGUCCCAAGCUGAUACCCCAGCUGUGGUUGGUGCACAUCAGUGACCCUAAGCUAUUAUUGGGCCUUUUGCUUAGCUCUCCCUCCCCUACCCCGCCCCCACAAAGCUACCUUCCUCUCUGGCAUAGAUCUCAAGCCUAGGAGUACAAGGCUCCCAGGGCUACAGCCCACACGGCGCCACACCCUACAGCAGACCCAGGAGAUGCCUGACUCGCUCCCCAGCCCUCCCACCAAAGGCCCACACAUGGGCAUCACCUCGGUUCUACUCAUCUUGUAAAGUUCUAAUGAAUAGAAAUUAGCAGCUACUGAGUGACAGCCUCUUCCUGGCUCUCCUGCCUCCCCCAGCUCUUCUCCCUGUGGGGAGGGAGAUCUAGCAGUUAGGCCCUUUAUGCCCACACCCCCACCAUGGAAGAAGGGCAGAGCCUGACUCAUUGGAAUCCCAUUGUUGCCAGUUUCCCUGGUGGGCGGUGACAUUUUAGAUCACCCUGCUUAUGUGAAGCUGUUUUUGUCAUGCUGCCCUCCCAGGGCAAGCUUGCUGCUUCCCAGGAGGUAUGUCCCCUGAGUGCAGCCCCCUGGGGCACAGACAUUUGUCUCCCAGAUGCAUGAACUAACACACCUGUCGCAUGCUUGUGCUGUGGAGUGGCUGGACACCUAGGCUGACUUUGAAUGGAUUAUACCAAACGGACUGAUGUAAGACCUUUUAAGGAAUGGAGCAAGUGGAAUGGCUCAGCCCUGCUCUGUCACUCCCCCCAUGCAGCAGAUGGUUACUGGGUGCUCUGGGAGGAACAGGAAGCAUCUCUGUUGUACUAAGGAACCAGUGUUGGCUCCACAGUAAGACAAGAGUCAGCCGAGCGUGGUUAUUCACACCUGUAAUCCCAGCACUUUGGGAGGCUGAGGCAGAUGGAUCACUUGAGGUCAGGAGUUGAGACCAGCCUGGCCAAGAUGGUGAAACCCCGUCUCUACUAAAAAUACAAAAA